AUUAUUUGUUGUUGGGUUUAGUGAAACUAUAGUUUAAAUGUUUGCUUUGCACUCUCGAAGAUUGCGUAGGAGGCUUAGUGCCCCGACGUCAGGGUCACUCCGGCGUCGAGCCCGUGAGCGACAACGUGCUGAGCAGACGAGAGCGGAAGGCGAGCGCAUCGCACGCGAGAAGCGGGAGCGAAGGGCACGGGAAAAGCUCGAACAACAGCGCAAGGCUCGUGAAGAACUGGCGACGUACCAGCCGUGGGGACGCGCGGGUGGUGGCGCUCCCAACCCUCGAGGUGUACGAUUUACUAAUCUUCGAGACAAAGGGAUCUUUCCUGAAGACGAAUUAAGGGGAGUAUCAUUACACGAAGCGUGUCGUAGGUGGGCGACGUCCCCACUCCGCCGACAGAGACAGACCCCGGUGAAGUUGAGAGAAGAUCCUCAACUGUGUUACGCCGACCCGCUGCGCAAGAGUGUCGACAACGAUAUUCGAUAUAAACAGUCGCCUAAUGAACAACAAAACUAUAAACAAAUAUUAGAUGAGAUGGUUACAAAAAAAAAGAAAGCCAUGAGAGAAGAAAGGAAACAGAAUCUGGAAUAUGAACGAAAAAUGCACGCCAUGGAAGGACCAUGGGGCAAACCAGGACCUGGUGGUACUAUAUGGAGGAACCCCCGAAACAUUGGACUAAAUUUCUCAAAGUCUAUGGGUUGGACAGAUAAUGAAAUUUUAACGAAAAUGAAUGGGGCUAAUGGGCACAAAUCUUCACUUACUUUACCUAAAGUAAAGGGAGACGAUGAUUUCAGAGAAGAUACGCCUAACAAAGAAAAUGUAAGACCACAUAACGUAGAAAAGUUACCAAAUAUCAAAUAUGGUACCAGUCCGCAAAGAAAAUCUCCAGACCAACGAAGAUUUAGUUUGGAUGUUAAGGUAAAGCACGAAAUUUCUUAUGGAGGUAAUCCAGAAGAUCGAAGAAGUCCAAAGAAAACUAGAUUUGUCAAAAGAUUAUCUAACGGGGAUAAAGUUACGAAACUAAUAAUUGAUGAUAGUUACGAUAGUGAAGAUGCUAUGGCUGUGGUUGAGAAAAAGCCAACACCUGAAGCAACUAUUUUGCGUGUAACCGGUGGAGUUGAACUUGUUCCACUUCUUGCUAGAAGACGUCGUGUUGGCGCACGCACUUUGCCAUCCAGUGAUGUCACAAGACCGGCGGAUCAGUCGUGUCAAUGGCGGGAAUCGCUCAACAUGGAUUAUUUGAGAGAACUAAAACAGCAAAUGAAAGUAAAGUGCAUACAAAAAGAGGAGCAUCGACGUGAUUCAGCAGAAAGUGUUCGUAAGCAUCAUGAGACGUGGGAAUCUCUUUGGGGCAGGCAAGGACACGGAGCCCCUCUACGCGGCAAAUAUGCGAGGAAUAACUUAGCACAACUACUCUAUGUAGCACCCCUGACCAAUGCUCAGUAGAAAACUUAAUCUAGUGACCACACCUUUAAUUAAAUACAAAAACAAAUGGCAGUACCUAUCAAAGAAGUCUUUUUGAUAAUGAUUCUUACUUACUUUACAAUACUGUUGGACAUUUGUAGCAAUUACAAAAUGUCGUACCUAGAAAUAUUUAUUAAAAAAAACUAUUUUUUUUAAUAUGUUUAUUUUUCAACUCUAGAGUGAAAAUGAUCAAGUAGUUAUACCAAUCCCCAAGAAGAGUAUUACGUUUAACUUUUACAUAAUACGUAGGUAGGUGUACUAAUCCAACACAAACAUUAAAAUAUUUUGUUUAUAAUCAACAUCUUUGAUGCAUUGAAUGCCAAUGUCAAUAAUGCAUACAAUGAUAUCGUGAUCA